UUUAAAUGGCUACACUGUACAGAACUGCUUAUCUGUAUCGUACUGUACGAAGACAAUGAUUGCGUUUCUAUUUAGAUAAUUGUGCGUUGAAGCAGAGUGUUUUCUGCUGCGUCUUAUGCUACGGCUGUUAAUUCGUAUAUACAUUGCGAAGUAUUACCCGUAAGUCUUUAUUUUGUCUAGUCUUGGUACCGUGGUAUACGUUUAAAAAAUGAACGAAGAGGAAGAGACCUUGCACAAAACCAAACAGGGGUUUGAAGAGCUCUGCCGGGCUUUAAAUAUGGACGAGGACGCAAGCAAUGAUGCAUGGAAGAAUUAUGAAAAUAUUAACAAAAACUACACUUUAGAGGGCAGUGAACUACACUGGCUGGCCUGCGCUCUCUAUGUCGCCUGCAGAACAACAGUCCCAACUGUGGGCAAGGGAACAGCUGAGGGGAACUAUGUGUCUCUGACCAGGAUCCUGCGUUGCUCAGAGCAGAGCCUGAUCGAGUUCUUCAGCAAGAUGAGGAAGUGGCAGGACAUGGCCGGCCUGCCGCAGGACUUCCGCCAGCGCACCGAGAAGCUGGAGAGGAAUUUCACCGUGUCGGCCGUCAUCUUCAAGAAGUACGUCCCCAUCUUCCAGGACAUCUUCAGGGCGCCGUCCGACGACCCUCCCCGAGUGCACAGGAGCCGCAAACAGCGACGCCACCCCUGCACAGUCACUGAGGUCUUCAACUUCUGCUGGAUCCUGUUCAUCCAUGCCAAAGGAAACUUCCCCAUGAUCAGCGAUGACCUGGUGAACUCGUACCACCUGCUGUUGUGCGCACUGGACCUGGUCUACUGCAACGCCCUGCUGGGCUCCAGCCGCAAGGAGCUGCUCAACCCCGCCUUUAAAGGUCUCCCAGAAGACUUUGGGAAUAAGGACUUUAAGCCGGGCCCGGGCCCUCUCUGCUUCAUCGAGAGGCUGUGUGAGCUGCAUGACGGCCUGGUGCUGGAGGCCAAGGGCGUGAAGGAGCACUUCUGGAAGCCCUUCAUCAAGAAGCUCUUCGAUAAGAAGAUUCUCAAGGGAAAAGAGGAAACCCUCACUGGCUUCUUUGAUCCUACAAAUUUUGGUGACAGUUUUGCAUCCAUAGGCCGAGUGUACGAGGAGCACGUCCUGUCCACAGGCAGUCUGGACGAGAGAAUUUUCCUGGGGGACGGUGCCAAUGAGGACAUCGGUACACCAGGAACCUGCUACUGCACUGUGGGCUCGGAGAACACAGAGCGGCCAGCACACAGCCUGCACAGUGCCCAGACUGCCUCCGCCCUCAGAGUCUCCACCCCUCUGACCGGCCGGAAGUACGUACAGGAAGGGGGCGGCGUGGGCACCCCGGUCUCCAUGGCGAUGCAGAGCGUGGGCCGUCUCCACAGCCUGCUGACGGGGCUGAAACACGGGCCCAGUGACAAGCUGGCCAGCACGCUCAGGGCUUGUGCCAGGGACCCCAGCGAAGCCAUCUCUAACAGACUCAAAGACAUGUCUGAGAUCUUCUGCCUGCACUAUGAAGGAAACAAGGAGGAGAACAGCAGCCUGGCCAAAGAUAUUGGAGUGAAGUAUUUCCGCCUGGCUGAAGCUCUCUACUACAAGACCCUGGAGGCUGUCAUCAAUCAGGAGAAGAAGAGGCUGGGUGAUAGUGAUCUCUCUGGGAUUUUGGAGAAGGAUGUGUUUCAUCGCUCUUUACUUGCCUGCUGCCUGGAGAUAGUCAUCUUUUCUUAUCGACCGCCUGGCGAAUUCCCCCGUGUUAUCGAGAUUUUCGACCUGCCUCCCUACCAUUUCUACAAGGUGAUCGAGGUGAUGGUGCGGGCCGAGGAGGGCCUGUUUCGGGAGGUGGUGAAGCAUCUGAACCGCAUUGAGGAGCAGGUUCUGGAGAGCUUGGCCUGGCAGGGAGGGUCUCCGCUGUGGGACAGCGUCAGAGGGGCUAAGAGCCGCAUUCCUGCCUGUCAGGAGGUGAUGCCUCCCCAGCAUUUUGAGGGUGCAGAGGGGAAUAGCGUUGCUGGAAGCACCCCUCUAACGCCCAGCCGUCUGAAUGAGCUCCGUGUGAACACACCUGGAGCAGCCAAAGUAGUGUCCGCGUCUCCCGCCACUCUCCACGACCGCUACAGCUCGCCCCCAGCUGCCGCAGCGCGGAGACGGCUGUUCGUGGACGGCGAGACGACCUCUGACCCCGCCACACCCAUGAGAGUGACCCAGACUCCCCUCAUCAGCACUAUACCUGCGGGCCAGACCGUGGUCACCAUGGCGACAGCCACCGUCACCGCCAACAAUGGCCAAACAGUCACCAUACCUGUACAAGGAAUCGCGAAUGAGAACGGUGGCAUUACCUUCAUCCCGGUGCAGAUGAGCGUGACAGGCCAGGGCACGGGCACGCUGCAGCCAAUCACGGCGCAGGCCCUGACGGGGACGCUAAGCGCACAGCAGCUCACCGGCACCGCCCCUCAGGCCACAGUGCAGAACAGCGCCUCCACCGCACAGCAGGGCAAGAGGCCUGGGCCCCAGAGCCCCGCAAACAAGCCCCAAAAAACCGGAUCCCUCUCCCUUUUCUUCCGCAAGGUGUACCACCUGGCCAGCGUGCGUCUGCGGGACCUCUGCGCCAAGCUGGACAUCUCCGCAGAGCUGCGCAGGAAGAUCUGGACCUGCUUCGAGUACUCGCUGGUCCACUGCACAGACCUCAUGUUGGACCGGCACCUGGACCAGCUGCUCAUGUGCGCCAUCUACGUCAUGGCCAAGGUGACCAAAGAGGACAAGUCUUUUCAGAACAUAAUGAAGUGCUAUAGGACCCAGCCUCAGGCCAGCAGCAGUGUUUACAGGAGUGUGCUGAUCUCCGGGAGGAAGAGGCGUCACUCAGGCAGCAGUGAGAGUGGACACAGACAGAGCUCUCCCAGUGAGACCGGGCGAGAGCGUGUGAGCGGAGACAGCAGCCCGGUCCCCAUGCGCUCCACCAGCACCCUGCCCACGCCCCAGCCCAGCAGUGCUCCCCCGACCCCCACACACCUGCCGGGGGUGCCCCUGGAGCAGGACGGGGAGGAGAGGGGAGACCUCAUCCGCUUCUACAACAACAUCUACAUCAAACAGAUGCGCCUCUUCGCCCUGCGGUACUCCUCCAGCCCGGGCACGGCUCCAGGGACGGACGCCCCGCCCCUCUCUCCGUACCCCUCGUUGCGGACGGGGUCCCCACGCAGGGUCCUGCUGUCCCACAACCACUCCAUCUACAUAUCCCCCCACAAGAACGGGAGUCCCCUCUCCCCCCGCGACAAGAUCUUCUACUACAUCAGCAGCAGCCCCUCUAAGCGGCUGCGGGAGAUCAACAGCAUGAUCCGGACGGGCGAGACGCCCACCAAGAAGCGCAGCAUGCUGCUGGAGGAGGGCGGCCAGUCCCCCGCCAAGCGGCUGUGUCAGGAGAACCAGACGGCCCUGCUGCGGCGGCUACAGGACGUGGCCAACGACCGCGGGUCCCACUGAGGCUGGGCGGCUAGCGACCGCGGGUCUCACUGAGGCCGGGCGGCUAGCGACCACGGGUCUCACUGAGGCCCAGGUGAGCUAGCGACCGCGGGUCUCACUGAGGCCGGGCGGCUAGCGACCACGGGUCUCACUGAGGCCCAGGUGAGCUAGCGACCACGGGUCUCACUGAGGCUGGGCAGCCAGCGACCGCGGGUC